UACCCUAAUUUGGCUUAUAGGCCGCUAUAGAGUUCAGACUGACUGAGCGGUAUUUUCUGGCUCUCAAUUUCACUACUUUGAGCAAAGCCACGCUCAUGCCACUAAAAUCCCUUUUUUCCUCGGGAAAAUUCCCACUCGGGAAAAUUUGCUCCCCAAACAAACAGAGCAUCAGGCCUUUCUGUUCUGCAAAUUCAACCGCAGAAAACAUACCCAUUAUCAUAGACCUUAUAAGACAGCAACAUUGGUCAAAACUCACAACACAUUUGAGUACCACAAACCCCAAAACACUUCUUCAACAACUUAUCGAUUCUGAAGCUGAUCCAGAUCUCAUUCUCAGGUACUUUAAUUGGUCAACAAAAGAGCUUAAACUUUUCCACCCUUUAGACCUCACUUGCAGACUAUUAUACUCACUAGCAGCUGCGAAAAAGUACUCAAAGAUGAGAAAUUUUUUGCAUCGGUUUGUUCAAAAUGAGAGCUUUCAUUCUGUUUCUUCGAUUUUUCAUGCUAUUUCGUUGAGUAGCGAUAGUUUGUGUAUUAAUUCAAUCAUUGUUGAUAUGUUGGUGUUGGCUUAUGCUAAAAAUAUGAAAUACAAUCUGGGUCUAGAGGCGUUUAGAGCUGGUGAUUAUGGGCUGAACUUAUCAGUUCUAUCUUGUAAUCAGUUGUUGAGUCUUUUAGUGAAAAAGGAGAAAUUUGAGGAGGUGGAGUAUGUUUAUAAGGAGAUGCGGAGGAGAAGAAUUGAGUUUAAUUCGAUUAGUUUUAACAUUGUGAUUAAUGGGUUGUGUAAAGUUGCGAAAUUGAAUAAAGCUAGUGAUGUUAUUGAUGACAUGAAAUUGUUGGGGGUUUCGCCAAAUUCCAUUACUUAUACUACUCUUAUCGAUGGAUAUUGCAAGAAAGGUAAUCUUGGGAAAAUGUAUAAAGCUGAUGCGGUUUUGAAGGAUAUGGUGGCAAAUGGAAUUCGACCUAAUGAGAGGACUUUCAAUGUAUUGAUUGAUGGGUUUUGUAAGGAUAAGAAUUUAUCGGCAGCUAUGAAGGUGUUUGAGGAAAUGAAAAGUCAAGGUGUGACAAGCAAUGUGAUUACAUAUAAUUCACUGAUCAAUGGGUUAUGUAUUCAUGGGCAGCUUGACAAGGCUGUUGCUUUGAGGGAUGAAAUGAUGAGCUUGGGUUUGAUGCCAAACGUUAUUACUUAUAAUGCACUUAUAAAAGGGUUCUGUGAGAAGAAAAUGUUGGACAAAGCUAGGGAGUUGUUUGAUGAUAUUUCAAAACAAGGAAUGGUUCCCACUGCAAUAACAUAUAACACAUUGAUCAAUGCUUAUUGUAAGGAUGGGAAAAUGGAGGAUGCUUUUGCAUGGCGUGAUGCUAUGUUAGAUAGAGGGGUGUUGCCUGAUAUUUCAACAUAUAACUGCUUAAUUGGGGGUUUAUGCAGAGAGGGAAAUGUUGAAGAAGCUAGGAAGAUCACAGAUGAAUUGAGAAACAAGUGUUUGAGAGCUGAUCUUGUAACAUAUAAUAUAUUGAUUGGUGCACUGUGCAAAGAAAGGCGGUCAAAAAAUGCUGCGAAACUCUUGGAUGAGAUGCGCAAGGUGGGUUUGAGUCCAAGUCAUGUGACAUAUAAUACUUUGAUGGAUGGUUACUGUAGGGAAGGAAACCUUGUUGCUGCAUUGAAUUUGAGAAAACAGAUGGAGAAAGAAAAGAUGCGACCUAAUAUUGCAACAUAUAAUGUACUGAUAAGGGGCUUCUGUCAGAAGGGCAAGCUACAAGAUGCAAACAGUCUUCUUAAUGAGUUGUUGGAGAAGGGUUUAAUCCCAAAUCAAACAACCUAUGAGAUAGUUAGACAGGAAAUGAUGGAGAAAGGCUUUGUUCCAGACAUAGAAGGCCAUAUGUAUAAUGUUUCAGGCAGAUUAUAGCUCACUUUAGAGAGAGAGAAUCAAUGUUACUCUGACCGUAGUAUUAAUAUUUAUUAGCCCUUAUGUGUAUACAAGUGGUUUUGCACAUCUACUGAAUCUGAUAUAUGUUCUUGGGCUCAGUUCUUGGCCUUCAUGAAGAUGUAGCUUCUUGUCUGACACUGCAAUAUUGCAUUUGAAGUUUUUGCUUGAUUCAAUGGUCUGAUAGCUUCCAAGUUAUGUUGAGGUGAAAAGUCCAAGCCUCUCUGGCUCCCACACAUUGCUAGUUUACCGAAGUCUUCUGAUCUCAAUUUACUACCAGCAUUGCAAAUUAUGCAUUUUUUUGUGGUAAACUGUUCAGUGCGCCUCCAUUGAUAUUUGAUGAUAGAAGAUUUAUAAUGAUUCAUGCAAUGCUGGGUAUGUGUGGGCAUCAUCAUCAAGUUAUUGGAUAUGUAUAUACAUCAGCAUUAAACUCUGAACAGGAGGGAUAUGAAAUAUGUCACCCUUUCCUUUGAAAGAUGAUUAUGAACAUGCAUGGAAGAUGAAGGAACAACGAAGGAAGAAUCAAGAAGCUGGUAGGGGGUCUAGAAUGGCUAAACAGAACAGAAUCAUCGGCUUCCUGAAAGCUGAAAAUUCUGGAAUAAACAGUUGGAUUGAUUUGAUGGAUGCUGAGAAGGUCAUGUUGAUGCAAAGGGUUAGGGACACAGAUUUGCCAUUCUGUAUACAUGCCCUGAUAAACAAACACCUGCAUUCUUCUAGUUUUUACGUAUACCAUGAACAUUAGCCAUAUGAACUAUACCACAACCCCUAAUGAACAUAUACGUGUUAAAAAUGUCAUGGUAUAUAAUAAUAUUCAGUAAUUUUUUUUGUUCA